AUGGUCAAUAUUUUCAUAAUUCUGAUCAUUAUGCUGACUUCAGCCAAUUCCCUUCAAGUCAGUUCGAAAGCAAAGACCACCAAAGCCCCCUCAAAGGAGGUAUUACCCACUAAUGCUACGCUAAUCGCUAAUGUGACAGCAGCUCCUCCACCGGAAAAACUAGCGGAAGUUCACAUCGAUCAGCACAAAACGAUUCGAAUUAGUAAGGGUGACUUGGACGAUCUUUUGGAUGUUUAUAUGGGAAGGAUAGCGGAAAGUGCCGCCACCAUCAAGGAUAAGGAGAAUGAGAUUAACAUGUUGCAAACCAAGGACCAAACAGACGGUGAGCUGUUGAAGAAAUUUGAAAACCUUACCCAGGUGUGCAGUGCCCAAAACUCUUCAUUUUCGAUUGCCAUCAAAGAUAAAGAUGAGAGGAUCAAGGAACUGGAGCAAAAAAUCAAGGUAUACGAAACGCGAAUGAAGAGAAAACAGCAUGUGCUGACCGAGCUGAGAAAGCUGAAUGAAUCUAGUGCCCUCCUAAUUGAUCAUCUCAAAGGAAAGGUUGUGUAUUUCGAGAGGAAGUUCCGGGAGAAGAAGGACGAUCUGCUGGCGGAUUGGGAGGCGGCCACCACGACCUGUGUGCCCUAUGGCCGUUCACCCGGAAUCCACUUGAUCCACCUGCCCGAAUUCCUGCCCUUUCUGGUAGCCUGCGAAGGACAAACUGCUGCCGGACCCGGCUGGACUUCCAUCCAGAGACGAUUGGACGGAUCCGUGAAUUUCUACCGAAAUUGGGAUGCCUACAGCAAGGGAUUUGGCAAACUGAACGGCGAGUUCUUCAUCGGAUUGGAGAAGCUACACCGCCUGACCAGUUCGCAGCCGCACGAGCUGUAUAUCAGCAUCAGGAGAUUCGGCGGCGAGAUGAGCUAUGCCCACUACGACGACUUUCUUAUCGGCAGUGCGGAGGAAGGCUACGAACUGAAGCUACUGGGUCACUAUCAGGGAAACGCCAGCGAUGCGUUGCGCACCCACGACAAGAUGAAGUUCUCGACCUUCGACCGGGACAACGACGCCUUCACGCACAUGAACUGUGCGAAGCAUCAUCAAGGAGCAUGGUGGUACGACUUCUGUUCCCGAAGCAAUUUAAAUGGCAAAUACUUCAAGGGCGAGGUGGACAAUCCGCAGAGCAUCUACUGGGAGCCAUGGUACAGCUUUCGAUCCCUGAAGUCCGUCCAGAUGCUCAUCCGCCCCAAGAGCCAAAUGGAGCUAAAGGACCUGCCCAAGGCAAAGCGCGCGCCGAGGGAUCCAAGAUAAUUUCUAAUUAUUUGCCACAACCGAGUGCUCACGGCAGUAAAUUUGAACCAUAUAAAUCUCACUUCGACGCCAAAGCCUAUUAAUCUCUGUUUACCUCUCCGACGCCCCCUGCGACAGUUGAUUGGGUUUCGAUUUUGUUUGUGGCCCCGGUCCUCGGGUAAUUACUCCGUUACAGUUCACUGCAUAUCGCUCUAGACUUUUUGUUUGUUUCGCACACAAGUCAUUGGGUGCAAUUAAUUUUCAUUUUCCGCCGUUCUCGUAAUUUGCUCUGUUGCAACAAUUUAAUGAAAUCUAAUUGAGUGUGUGCAUUGGGCCGAUAAAAAUGAAAUAACUCUGGUCACUGGGAGAUUCCUCCGUCUCAUUUGUCACUUGCACUUUCAUCGCGGCGACGCCGACUGGAGCCGCUCAAUUGGAGUCAAUAAACGUUCGGCAAAUGAGCCAAAGGGGCGGUAUCUAAAUCAAUAUCGAUUCGAGCGGAAGAUUUACGACUUCGGCAAAGAGUUAUUCAUACGUUCAUUCCAGUUUAUUAUGGAAAAUACUUAUUCCGACUGGUUGAAACCAGUUACAGCUCUUUUGACAUUCUAAAAUUUUCUCUUCUAGGCGAUAAGACCGAACUAAACCUUACAACUAAGUGCAUCAUUUGUAUAUGUAGAAGUUAAUUUAAUACACAAAUGUAUACAUUUUUGGUUUCACUUUCAAUGACUUUUGGAUCCGGCUCGUAAACCAGUUACAGGCAUUCAACAAAUGGCUAGCUAAUCGUUUGACUACGACGAUAACGCUUACAGAACUUGAGAGGUAUUUAUCAGACAUUCUUAAAUAGCAAAUAAAUACAUUACUUAGUGCUAGAUUAACGAUAUGAUAGGUACGUUCUACCUUUCAGACGGCAAUUUCUUUAAGUACUCGGGCACACAUCUAACUCUUUACGAUUGCCCUGUAAAUAUUGUAA